GGUCACGGUUCUGUGGGUGGGGCUUAAGUGGUGGGACGCCUAUACAGAAGGUUUAAUAAUCAGAAAAGCAGCCCGCCAGUCGCUGACAAACACCGUAUAAAAAGACGAAAAGGAGUCAACACAGGCGUAACGCCUAAAGAGCCACGCUAUCCAAUGAUGAAACCCACAGUGUUUGCCGUGUCUGACAUGGAUCGUAGAACCAGCCAAAUCAGCACCGACCACGAGACCCAGGAAACCGAAGCAUCUUCUCCACUGAACCCUGUCCCUGAAGGGGUUACCCUGGGCACCAACCUCCCCUGUUGGUACUACUUCGCCAGGCCCCUCCUGGCAAUUCUGAUCGGUGGGGUGCUGUUCAGCUCAGGCACAGCCCUCUCUCUGCUCUACUUCACCCAGGUGGGAAACGUGCCCUACCUACUGGGGCCUGUGUUCCUCUCUGUGGGUCUCAUGUUCUUGGUCACAGGGCUGGUGUGGGUGCCUGUGGUCAAGCAGAGACUGGAGCACAAGGCUUUAACCAAGAUCAAUGGCAAGGCGCUUCAGGUGCACGAACAGCACUGAUGAGCCAUGGACUCAAAGCUGAAACAAUGUUGUUUUUGUAUUAUAGAGUAGUUCAAGUGUUUGUGGGAGUUUUCUAAUGUAAUUCUGAAAAGCACACUUUGAAAAUAUGAAUGUGAGGAAGGUCAUUUGUAACAUAGUAUGGAAGAAUUUAUAUUUAACUUCUGUUCAUAGAGCUUAGUCAAAUUCAUGUGUGGUAGAUUCUGAUUUGCAAGUGAGACCUGUGUGAAACUAGAUCUUCUGUACAUACUGUAGCUGCCUUCUAUAUUUAGACAUGAAAUAGCUUGUCUGUAAAUGGGAACAUCAUGAGAUUGCUCUGUUGGAAGCUUUUAACAUGCUUAUCAUCAUGUGUGUCAGGUUAGAACAGAACAUAUCCCUGCUGCUGAAGCCCAGACUAUCCCAUCUGUCAAUCUGACUGUGAUCUAUAUGAGUUGUUGUUUUUCCACUAUAAGCCCCUGUUUUCAUUGUAGCUGUUGUGUUGGAUUGCUAAAUCCUUUAGAAACAGGAUUAUGAAGGCAGAAAAUGCUACCGGACAUAAUCAUUGCUGAGGUCACAAUGGACAGUUGGACACUGAGUGGCAGUUGGCGCACUCUGGCUCGGUUUCCUCUCCAAAUACUGAUGGUCGAUGAAAUUAUACAUUUCUGGGUCAAAUGACUGAGUACCCAUCUGGCAGUGCUCAAAAGCAAAACCGUUCAUCAAAAAGGGAGGUAGAAGCCAGUUGGGUUUUAAUUCGGUUUAAGUUAUCCAAGGUGUUUACUUAAAACCUGAUGUUAUAGUUUUUAUUUUGGAUUUGACAUUAAUGCAUUUGUACAUUUUAAUCAUUAUUGUAGGCUGCUGUGGUUACAAGAAAUGUUCAACCAUGUGAGAGCGGCAUGUCUCCAUCUUUCUAAAUGUGGGUUAUUAUGGAUUUCUUGAUAAACUAGGAGGCUCUGUGUUACUCCUUUAUUCAUUUAUUGAACUCAUGUUGUGAUUGGCCAUCUACCAACAUUAUUAUUGUAAAAAUGAGUGAGGAACACAUUUUAACUGAAUGUAAUUUAAUUGUAAAGAGAAUAUGGGGAAUUCUUGAAUUCUGGUGAUUACUUUUCUGGUGACUUUGUAAAGACAUAAUUUACAAUAACAAAAUCCUGAUAUGAUACUUUCAGUUUUUAUUCAUGACCUUUGUACUGCUAAAUAUCUAUUUGUAUUUACUGUAGAAUUGGCAUGUUCGUCUGGUGAUGUGUGAAGGUGCACUGAUAAUGUGCAUUUGGGGGUUUUGGAAGGCUAUAUUGAAUUAAAAUAUUUAAAAUAUUUUAUUGAUUAAUAAAAACAAAACCAGU